AGAAGAUAGACUAUGCUACACCAUGAAUGGCAGCGCCGUCCUCUGAAGACAACCUCCCGCCCUCCUAACUGGAAACCCGUGCUUCUGAGUUAAGUAUGACACAGUAAUUACUCAUGCAGCCCGGGAGGAUUCCAAGUCUCUGCCUGUUUGCAGCGCCGUCUAAAAACAAUCAACUCAUCUUUCAAAUUUGACCAAACCACAAAUGGUCUGAGAACUCAGUUGUCUAAUAAGGAUGUUCAUUUUGGCACUCAGCAGCUUACGCAUGGCUCACAGAUGGCUUCUGUCUCAUUGUGUAUAAUCCAAUCAUCCUGCGCUAUUGAGUCUCACGCUUGGUCUUCAGGAGUAAUUGAAAAGCUCACGGUGACUGACGAUUGCCUCUUCUUCCAGAUGUCGUCCAUACAGGAGCAUGGCUUUCACCACCCCGUUGACGUAGGAUGUGACAUGGUCUCCUGGUCAGAGUUGCUCCAAGCAAGGCUUGUUACCAACAACCAUGUGAAGAAGACCAGCCUCUUGGAGCUCACGCCUGUCUUCUCUGCAGGUUGUUUUGCAAAACCUUCUUAUAAGUGUUAUCCGCUUCUGCUCUGUGUACUACGUGGUUCUGAGUCUGGGCUGCAUGGUGCUCAGGGUGGAUGAGUUGGAUGUCCUGGCACCAUUUGAUUUCCAAACAAAUCCCUCCUGGGCCAACACAAAUUAUAAAGUGCUGUUAGUCUCAGCUGAGAUCAUCUACUUCGUUUGUGGGUUGCUUUUCAUUCUGGUUGUGGAAGAAUGGGUUUGGGAUUAUGCUAUUUCAGUAACUGUUCUCCAUGUUGCCAUCACUUCAACUGGUCUUACUACUUCCUGGAAGACAGCCAUAGGAUAUGCACAGCAGGACGUGGGGGCAUAAGGUGGCUCAGCCUUAAAGAUUGAGAUAAGCAAUUGGUUCUGGACCCAGAGAAGUUACAAGUUAAUUGUCUAACACAUGGUACAUAGAAAAUGCUUAACAAAUAUUGCUCAAUCGAACUGAGUUCAGAGUGAAGUGGCUCGGAACUUCAGAGACAGCUGGACAUUGAGGACACAGGAGAGUCUUAGGACCAUCUCUGAGGCAUAUUUUUUGGUUCUCUUUCCAUAUGAAUGGCAGUAUGUCUUUUUAGUAAUACAAGAAUAAGAGAAACUGUUUAAUUUCAUUUUUUUCUCUGCCCACAAAUUUCUCAUCUGAAUUUAUCAAUUAUAUAUCUAAUAAAAACAUUAACCAAGUGAACAUGGGUUUUUCUAAAGCUUUUUCUUCGAGUUAAGACAGGUGUUGACCACAAAAUAUUUUUAGGUUUCCU